GACGUCAGUUUAGGGAGGCAAAGCUUGUCGAAGAGCUCAGUUACACGGAAGAGCAGCCACAAACGGCACGCGGGCAUGGAGGCUACCUAUGAUGGCAUUGAAUCGCCUAGGGUUUCCGUGGCCACCAGCCGGCAAAGCAGGUUCUUGAGGCGGGAUAAUCGUGUUGCAACAGCUUCAAAUGCUCCAAGUUCCAGUUGACCUUUGGGUCCGGAUCAAGAGGUCGAUACCCCUUUUCCCUCUAACCAACGCCGACCUCUCACCUUGAUCGCACCUUUCCGUCACUCUCCUCAUCGGUGAGUGACUCUGGACUGCAACUCCCCCCUAUCCUGCCAAGGGAGCAACAGGGCACUUCGGCGGCCACCACAACUUGACGAUACACCCCGUUCACAAUGCUGCCCUUCCACCGGCGGGAAGUCCGUCACGACCUAGCACCGGCGCCGGGUCCAACCGACAAGACUCUCAGCUAUGCAACUAUUCGGAAGAAUUUGGUACCGUUUGUGAUCGACUGGAUCAAGGUCUCGUGGCGAGACAUCCUCACCAUGGCCGCCUUGGGCGCAGCCACCCUUGGUAUCUACAGUGCCCCCUACGCUGCCACCCGAAACUUUCCCAUAACCUUCGACGAGUCAGGUGAUAUCGUCUACCCCCAGUUUGCCUACCCCAACCGCGGCUGGAUCAUCUCCCCAUCCCUCUCCGGCGUCAUCUGCACCGUGAUCCCCAUCGGCAUCAUGGCCCUCGCCCAACUCCGCAUCCGCUCCUUCUGGGAUUUCAACAACGCCGUGCUCGGCCUCCUAUACUCGCUCAUCCUAGCCUCCCUUUUCCAAGUCAUCAUCAAGGUCCUCAUCGGCGGCUUCCGCCCCAUCUUCCUCGACGUCUGCCAACCCGACCCCUCCCUCGCCCGCGCCCGCAACACCACGGGGCUCAACGGCGUCGGCUUCCAAAGCGUCAUGUACACAGUCGAAGUCUGCACCAACCCCGACAAAGACGCCAUCAAGAACGCCAUCACCUCCUUCCCGUCCGGCCACGCCACCACCGCCUUCGCCGCCUACAUCUUCCUCUUCCUCUGGAUGAACGCCAAGCUCAAAGUCUGGGCCAACUUCCACGCCAGCUUCUACUGGCUCGCCGCCCUGCUCGCCCCCUUGCUCGGCGCCACCCUCAUGGCCGCCUGCCUGACGGUCGACCAGGCGCACAACUGGUACGACGUCUGCGCGGGCGUCGUCGUCGGCACCCUCGUCGCCUUCAUGGUCUACCGCGUCAGCUACGCUGCCGUGUGGGAUUGGCGCUUUAAUCAUGUUCCGCUGCGCCACCGCGUUGUGUUUGACUAUGCUGCUGCUGCCGCCGCCGCUGCUGCCGCCGGUGCCGGUGAGGGACUGGGGUCGGGUGUGAUGGAGAGGGCCGUGUUUGUGCGGAAGCUGGGGUGGGGCCGCAGGCGGAGGCGGAGGGCUGGUGCGCGUCGUGGUGGUGUGGUGGGAAGGGAGAAGCAGACGGUGCCGGGAAGCGAGGCUAGUAGUGCCGCGCCGUAUGGGAGCCCUGGGAGUGCGGGUGUGGAGGCGCCGGUUGCACACGGGGUGUCUGAUGGUUAUGGGGUGCAUAGUGGCGGGCAGGCGGUGCCCAAUGGGGAUGGGAUGGCGCCACACGGGCCGUCGGUGGCCUACCCCGACCCGGCUACUGUGAGGUCUAACGGAGGGCAAUAUUAUGGCAGAGGAGAGGAGAUGGUUUAAUGGUUUCCAUACUACUUCCCAUGUACUCCCUUUUCAUAAUCCCUGUUCUGAUAUUAGCUGAAGAUACCUCAAACGUUUCGUUUUCCGGAGAAGCCAUCCUUCACUCAUUCCAGCUCGUAACUGGAGGGUGCCUGCGUGACUCGGAUAAUUGCGCAGUUGGCUCGCACGCGCGUUUUUUUAUCUGAAAAGAACGGCGGGGUCCGGGUCAGCUCAGCGGGGAGGGGGG